UUAGUUGAGGGUUUUGCAUUUGGCUCAUCAUGGGUUCAGUGUUGCCUGCAGAUACUCUGGUUCUGAAGGCUGGAUUUAAGCAGCAGUCUCUGGCCCUGUCCGACAUCAUCACAUCAGACAUCCUGCACAGUUUCCUGUACGGCCGCUGGAGGAACGUUCUGGGGGAACACCUGUUCGAGGAGAAGACCAACACUGUCAGCCCCAAAACUGCCUUCACCGCCGAGGUCCUGGCGCAGUCAUUCUCCGGAGAGGUCCAGAAACUCUCCAGCUUAGUGCUGCCAAGUGAAGUCAUCAUUGCUCAGAGCUCGAUCCCUGGAGAAGGACUUGGCAUCUUCUCCAAAACCUGGAUAAAAGCUGGCACCGAGAUGGGACCCUUCACAGGCAGGGUCAUUUCACCCGAGCAUGUGGAUCUCUUCAAGAACAACAAUCUCAUGUGGGAGGUUUUCAAUGAGGAUGGCACGGUGCGCUAUUUCAUCGAUGCCAGUCAAGAGGAUCAUCGCAGCUGGAUGACUUACAUCAAAUGUGCGCGCAAUGAGCAAGAACAGAACCUGGAGGUUGUGCAGAUCGGAAGCAGCAUAUUUUACAAAGCAGUAGAGACAAUACCUCCAGACCAAGAACUGCUUGUGUGGUAUGGGAAUUCCCACAACACUUUCCUGGGUAUCCCGGGAGUCCCUGGCACAGAGGAUGAACAGCAGAAGAAGGCUAAAAAUGAUGAUUUCCACCUGUGCGACACCUCCUCUACUGCCUCUCUCUCUACCGCCAGCCGCAUGCGCUGUGUCAUCUGCCACCGCGGCUUCAACUCCCGCAGUAACCUGCGCUCCCACAUGCGCAUACACACUCUGGACAAGCCCUUCGUCUGCCGUUUCUGCAACCGCCGCUUCAGCCAGUCAUCCACUCUCCGUAAUCAUGUGCGCCUCCACACGGGAGAGCGCCCCUACAAGUGCCACGUCUGCCAGAGCGCAUAUUCCCAGUUAGCAGGGCUGCGGGCACACCAGAAGAGCGCCAGGCACCGGCCAGCCAGCACAGGGUCUGUAGUGGGCUUGCAGGCCCACUCGCCCCCGCCUCCACCACCUCAGCUGGCACAGGUUCCUCACCCGGCCUCCCUAGUGCAUCACAUACCUACUAUGGUGCUAUGAGAUAGCAUGAAGCAUCUCAGUUGUUUGCAAUCUCAUAGGCUGUUCUUCAGUGCACAAUUAUGUCUAUGCCAAGAUGGCCUGAGUACUAUCACCUUUAGUGGAUGCUUUGUAGUUCCUUAAAGGUGAAGACGUGUUCAGAUAUGAUGAACAACACCUGCAGAACUCAGUCAUGACAGCACUGAAGUGAAAACAAUGGCCAUGGAAGGGCUGUUUCAUAUGUUCAUGUUGAAUUCUUACCAUUGCCAGAACUACGCACAGUGAUGGCUGCCACAUUAUAUCUGAUCAAACAUUGUCAUUUAAGUUGAUCGGUAGUCAGUGUAUAUUUUAUUCAUAUUUGCAUGCAAUAUAUAUAUAUUUUUUUUGCCCCAUUCCACUCAGGAUAAAGCCACCCCAUUCGCUUAGCCACUAUGAACUUAAUGGAUCCACUGGGACGAAGCACCACUUACUGACCGAUUUGUGUCACUGCAGUCCAAUCAGAGCAUGUUUAUUGUGAAUGAACAAUAUGAAAUAUGUAAAGGAAUGUACAUAUGGUUUGAAGAUUUACUUCCAAAAAUAAGAAAUAGUCACUUUAUCUGUGUAUGUAUGUAAAGCUUAAAGUAUUAUUACAAAACUUGGUUCUAUUAUAUUAUGUAUACUAUGUUUGCUUAUAUAAAAUUAUUUGGGUAUUCACUUGUAUGCUCAAUAAAUAAUUAACAAAUUA